UAUUUUAUUUGUGACAUUCAGAUAUGGCGUUAACAUAAAUGAUUGGUUAAAGUCUUCGUGAGCGAGAUAGGCUGUCAUUUCUCUUUAUUAGCUGACCGUAGUGAAAGUGAUGGGGGAAAUUCCCCAGUUUGUUCAUAUAAGAUUCCAGGGCAUGGUCGUGCCAUCCCGCAUCCGUGUUGACGUGUUGACAGAUUUUGACACCUUUCCGCAAAAGCAAAAUAAACUCUAAUUUUAGAAUUUAGAAAUUAAAUCGCGGUUUUUGAAUUGGGAUUAAGUAAUCCAAUUAUUACAAUAAUUAAUUAUUGAUAUAUUCGAUAGUAUUAAUUCGAUAACUAUUCCUGUAUUACGUGGUUUAACCCAUAGAUGUUGACGUUGUUAUUUUUUUCGCAUUUAAAUAAAAGUAAAAAUUUAAAAAUAAGAUGACAUCAAAUGACGAUAUUCUUUGGAAGGAAUCUUUUUUUGAAAAAAAUUUUAGUGUGGAUAAUAGUCUUUCAACGUUCACUCAAAAGUAUGAUUUAGAUACGCUUAGAAGUCAUUUGAAAAGUUAUGGCACAGAACUGCAGCAACGGAUGAGUGAGAUUUUAAAGGAUGAAACAGAAGCAAUAGUCAAUUUAGCAGAAUAUCUAACUAAUCUAAAUGUGAAGAUUGAACAUCUAUCUCUCCCUUUUUUUCAACUUCGGGAAGAAAUCAUGGCCUUAAAUCAACUAAUAAGUAAUGCAGAAAUGAGUUAUGGAAUGCUUCUAAAUAAUAUUAAGGACAAUAACACCAGUAAAAAUAAUUUAAAUUUGAAACUUGGAGUCAUUUCUUGUUCUGUCUAUAUAGACAAACUCUUAAAAAAUUUUUCAGAGUCAUUAGACUUAAUUAUUUUAGAAAGAAUAGUGGGAAAAUAUGCAUUGCAAAAGAGUUAUGUGGAUGAAUUAGAAAUAGUGACCACAGAUAUGCAGGAUAUAAUGGUAACUGUGGAAGAUCAACUAGUAAAAGUUAUUAACAAUAAGUUUCUUCAAGCUAUUGAAGCAGAUGACUCUGAGAUUGUUACUAGAUGUUUAAGAAUGUAUGACAGCUUAAAAAAACAUAACGAUGCAGAAGAUAUAUACAGGAGGACAGUAGUGAGGCCUUACUUACAAAGACUAUUUAGUGAUAAUAGCGUAGAAAAAUCAAACCAAAGUGUAGAUAAAAUUUAUAAAAAUGCCCUGGAUUUUAUAGAUACAAAUAUGAAAGUACUCACCACUGUAGUUGAAACUAAUGCCGACUUAAAUGCAUUUAACUUUAUCUAUAAUAGCUUUUGGAAAGAAUUUGAUAAACAGUCCCGUGAAGGUUUACCACACAUUACUGCUCCUGGUAAUCCAGAGCAAUUUCAAAAACGGUAUAAAAGUACAUAUGAAGUUCUUUUGAUAAUUUCAAAAAAGUGUAAGAAUGAAGAUUUGAUAACCCAAGAUGAAUCUUUCACAGAGCAUCUGAAACGAUUUAAUUUACCAGUGUACCUUGAAAUUAGGUACCAGAAAAUAGCUAGUGAUUUUGAAUCUGCCCUUGAUGUGGAAGUAAACGAGUUUUACGCUGCCAAAAAUGAAAUUUCUUGCAAGUUAAAACCUACUUUAGCCUUGUGGAUAGCUGUUUCUCAGUGCUUUGACAAAGAUAUUUAUCUAGACCAACUUGCUGAUCAGUUUAUAAGAUUAUCAAUGUUGCUCUUGUCCCGAUAUUUGAAGUGGUCUGAGACAACUUUGAAGGUAAAGUUUUCUACAUCUGAAGAAACAGAAAAAUUCAUCAUGAGUUCGUUAAUUGAUUUCACAUUUGUUGAAAACUUACUUUGCCCAUCUUUAGAUAAUCCUUCAAAUGUUAGUACAACCAUAUAUGGAAUAAUUAGUUGGGUGUAUGUUAUCCCAAAUAUAAUCAAGGCCAACCGGAAAACCAUAAUUCGUCUUCAAAAUAUUUUGAAAAGUAACUUAAUAAAAAUGAAAGUAGAUGAGAUAUGCAACCAACUUCAACAUGUGGGAUCAAUACCAAGAUUAUACAGAAGAACCAACAGAAGUUCACCAAAAGAACCUAGCUCUUACAUGGUAGAUGCUGUGAAACCAAUUACUACAUUCCAUAAUGAAUUUACAGUUGUCGUAAAAAACAGAACAACUGAAAUUUUAAAUGAUAUAAUCCUGCAAGUUACUAACCAUUAUUUGAAUUUGGUCCAGAGCGUGUUAAGGUCAGUUUGCAAAACCGAAGAAUCAUUAAGAAGAUUGAAAAGUAGAAAUGUAAAUAUAUCUGAGGAAAUUUCCCCACAAUCUGACUCAGGAUCAGAUGAAAUCAAGAUUAGGGAGCAAAUCAAACUUGAUGUAGCUUAUUUUCUUGAAAAGCUGCAUCCACUGGGUUCUGAAGAUUCUAGACAGACAAUGGACUUACUAAAGGAUGAAAUUAACUAAAUGAAUAACCUUAAGGAAAAAAUAAAACUGUGGUUAUGUUUAUAAUUUCGAAUAAUUUAUUCCAACCGUAUGUAUAAAUUUUUGUUAAAUAAAAAUAUUAUAAUUUAUAAAUAAA